GUUGAGGAAAGUAAUGGUGUAGUUGACUCAGGUACAUCAAGACUACCUGGUCGUGGGAGUUACCCCUGUCCUCAAUGUGGGAAGAAUUUUAGUUCCUCAAGUAAUCUAAAGAAUCAUCAAAGAGUACACACUGGAGAGAAACCUUUCCACUGCUCAGUAUGUGGGAAGCGUUUCCGUGAGAAAGCACACCUUAAGAGACAUGAGAGGGUACAUAAUGGAGAGAAGCCUUACAACUGCUUCGAAUGUGGGAAGAAUUUCCGUGUGGAAGAGACCCUACAGAAACACCAGAGAAUCCACACAGGAGAGAAGCCUCACCACUGCUCUCUUUGUGAGAAGAGCUUUAAUCAUUCAGGAAGCCUUAAAGAACAUCAAAGAAUACAUAGCGGAGAAAAGCCUUACCACUGCUCUCUUUGUGGGAAGAGCUUCCAUCAUUCAGGAACCUUUAAGAAACAUCAGCAAAGACACAUUGGAGUGAAACCUACCUGUAAUCACAAUGUGAUUGUCAAAGAGAAGGAUGAUGACUGUACUCUCAAUGUGAUAGUCAAAGAGAAGGAUGAUGACUGUACUCUCAAUGUGAUAGUCAAAGAGGAGGAUGAUGACUGUACUCUCAAUGUGAUUGUCAAAAAGGAAGAUGGUGACUGUACUCUCAAUGUGAUUGUCAAAGAGGAGGAUGAUGACUGUACUCCCAAUGUGAUUGUCAAAGAGGAGGAGGAUGACCCAGAUACAUCAAGACUACCUGAUUGUGGUCGUUACCCCUGUCCUCAAUGUGGAAAGAAUUUUAGUUCCUCGAGUAAUCUAAAGAAUCAUCAAAGAGUACACACUGGAGAGAAACCUUUCCACUGCUCUGCAUGUGGGAAGAGUUUCAGUGAGAAAGCAAACCUUAAGAGACAUGAGAGAGUACAUGAGAAGGAAAAGAGAGAAGUUGAGGAAGAGGAGAAAACUGGUAUUGUAGUUGACCCAGGGACAUCAAGACUACCUGGCCGUGGGAGUUACCCCUGUCCUCAAUGUGGGAAGAGUUUCAGUUCCUUAGGUAAUCUAAAUAAUCACCAAAAAGUACACACGGGAGAGAAGCCUUACCACUGCACCCAAUGUGGGAAGAGCUUCAGUGAGAAAGCAAACCUAAAGAGACAUGAGAUAGUACAUAGUGGAGAGAAGCCUUACCACUGCACCCACUGUGGGAAGAAUUUCCGUGCGGCAGAUACCCUACAGAAACACCAGAGAAUCCACACAGGAGAGAAGCCUAACCACUGCUAUUUUUGUGGGAAGAGCUUUGAUAAUUUAAGCAGCCUUAAGGAACAUAAAAAAAUACAUAAUGGAGAGAAGCCUUACCACUGCACUCAAUGUGGGAAGAGCUUCAAUUACUCAGGAAAUUUUAAGAAACAUCAAAGAAUACAUAUUGGAGAGAAUCCUACCUUUAUUCUCAAUGUGAUUGUCAAAGAGGAGGAGGAAGAUGGAAAAGAGAGAGAAGUUGAGGUCGAGGAGAGAGAAGUGAAGGAAGAGGAUAGCAGUGUGUACAGUCUGAACAGGAUACCACCUCCUAAUGUACUGCAGUGUGUAUCAUCUGAACAAGAUACCUCCUCCUAAUGUACUGCAGUGUGUAUCAUCUGAACAGGAUACCACCUCCUAAUGUACUGCAGUGUGUAUCAUCUGAACAAGAUACCUCCUCCUAAUGUACUGCAGUGUGUAUCAUCUGAACAGGAUACCACCUCCUAAUGUACUGCAGUGUGUAUCAUCUGAACAAGAUACCCCCUCCUAAUGUGCUGCAGUGUGUAUCAUCUGAACAGGAUACCACCUCCUAAUGUACUGCAGUGUGUAUCAUCUGAACAAGAUACUCCCUCCUAAUGUGCUGCAGUGUGUAUCAUCUGAACAGGAUACCACCUCCUAAUGUACUGCAGUGUGUACAGUCUGAACAGAAUACCACCUCCUAAUGUACUGCAGUGUGUACAGUCUGAACAGGAUACCACCUCCUAAUGUACUGCAGUGUGUAUCAUCUGAACAGGAUACCACCUCCUAAUGUACUGCAGUGUGUAUCAUCUGAACAAGAUACCUCCUCCUAAUGUUCUGCAGUGUGUACAGUCUGAACAGGAUACCACCUCCUAAUGUACUGCAGUGUGUAGUCUGAACAAGAUACCACCUCCUAAUGUACUGCAGUGUGUAUACUCUGAACAGGAUACCACCUCCUAAUGUUCUGCAGUGUGUACAGUCUGAACAGGAUACCACCUCCUAAUGUACUGCAGUGUGUACAGUCUGAACAAGAUACCACCUCCUAAUGUACUGCAGUGUGUAUCAUCUGAACAGGAUACCACCUCCUAAUGUACUGCAGUGUGUACAGUCUGAACAGGAUACCACCUCCUAAUGUACUGCAGUCUGAACAGGUACAAAGACAAGGUUGGUGAUUUACUGCUACCUGCAGUUAUGGAAUGUUAUCUCAGGACUAUAAAUUCAUUGGUUAACUCCUUCUGCUGACCUGGAUGGAAUUAUAGCGUCCUUCCUUAACCCACAGGAAGUCCCACCAUUUUGACUACUUCAAAAUGGUGAAAGUCCUCAAUGGUGCUGCUCGUUAGACAAUACAGUGGAAAAGCCUCACCACUGCUCUCCAUUAUAUAAAAUCUCUUAUUCACUAAAGCAUGUGAUAAAUAUAUCUGUAUAGAAACUGCGUUCCAGGACACAGAUUCAUGCUCCGAGUUCAUUUGACUGCGGGUUGUCGACAAUGCAGCUUUUAAAAAGCCAAUUUCCGACCGUGUGAAAACAUAUGCAGCAUUUACCACGAAUAAGAAAUACACGCGAUAGUGGGAACCUUGCCUUUUAAAAGUCACAUUGAAUCCCAGCUUCUGUUGAGUCGUGGUAAAAACAUUACAUCUUUCUUCCAUUUAGCAAAGUCUUUAUCCAAAGUGAUUUGUUCUGGAUGUAAAGCACAGACGACACAAACAACAAUAUCUAAACGCAUUAAAGGACCAAUCCAAAGUUGAACCAAUAACACAGCGAGGCACCCUUGUUUUGGUAUGAAGCUUAGGGACCUGGAGAAGCGUAACCACUUUCACAUUCAUAGACAGAGUUAUGGGCUGACCAUUCAUGAUCUCAAAAUGAUCUGCUAUGGGCUGACCAUUCAUGAUCUCAAAAUGAUCUGCUAUGGACUGACCAUUCAUGAUCUCAAAAUGAUCUGCUAUGGGCUGACCAUUCAUGAUCUCAAAAUGAUCUGCUAUGGACUGACCAUUCAUGAUCUCAAAAUGAUCUGCUAUGGGCUGACCAUUCAUGAUCUCAAAAUUAUAAUUUUAGCUAUUGACUGACCAUUCAUAAUCUGCUAUGGGCUGACCAUUCACGGUCUCAAAAUGAUCUGCUAUGGGCUGACCAUUCAUGAUCUCAAAAUGAUCUGCUAUGGGCUGACCAUUCAUGAUCUCAAAAUGAUCUGCUAUGGACUGACCAUUCAUGAUCUCUAAAUGAUCUGCUAUGGACUGACCAUUCAUGAUCUGCUAUGGACUGACCAUUCAUGAUCUCAAAAUGAUGAUUUUAACCAUGUUUUUAGGCUAUACGGGGUUUGUUUACAUUUACAAUGUUUCCAAACAUUGGAGGAAAACAAGCUUAUAUUUUGUGGUUCUGAUGGAGUGUGACAGUUGAAAUAAUCUUAUGAGGGAAUAUAAAUGAAUAGUUUAAGAAUCAAUAGGGAUAUACAGUAUCAUUCAUUUAUAUAAGUCUAAAAAUGUAUGUUACAACUGCAGAUCCCCCUUUAAACACUACAGUAUCAUACCAUAUUUACAUAUACCAUUACAACUGCAGAUCCCCCCUUUAAACACUACAGUAUCAUAACAUAUUUACAUAUACCAUUACAACUGCAGAUCCCCCCUUUAAACACUACAGUAUCAUACCAUAUGUACAUAUACCAUUACAACUGCAGAUCAUCCCACUGGGCACAGACGUCAGUUCAACGUCUACUUUGAAUUCAUAUUUGGUUGUGAAUUCAAUGUGAAUUCAACAAAACAUUUCACCAUGUCAUUGGAUUUAGGUCCCCAAUUCUUCAUUUUAUUAAAUUCUCAAAACAUUUAA